AUGUCCGCCCUGUCGGUCGUGCUGCACCUCGACCUCGACAGCUUCUACGCGCAGGUAGAGCGCGAGCGCCUGCGCCUCCCCUCCGAUGCUGCCGUCGUCGUAGUCCAGUGGCGCAUGGCCCUGGCCGUCAGCUACCCCGCGCGCAAGUACGGCAUCAAGCGAGGCGCGAAUGUUGACGACAUCCGCCACCUCGCCGGGGACAAAGUCACCGUUGUCCACGUCGAAACCAUCGGCGGCGAAUCGCGUCCAGACGCCCCCGGUACCGCACACGGGACAGAGGUCGUCAACACCCAGAAGAUUAGCCUCGCUAGAUAUCGCACUGCUUCCAACAAGGUCUUCGCCUCCAUGACCGCCGCUAUAGCAAACUAUCACGCAAAGUUCCAGCGCGCGAGCAUCGACGAGGCGUACAUCGACGUCACGCGCGAGGUCGACCGGCGCAUGCGCGCGUCUCCCGAUGGCAACAGGGCAUGGCCGAAAGAAACCGUCGUCGUGGGCGACCGCCUGGACCUCGGUAGCCAAGUCGACGCUCGUCUCGCGUACGGCGCCGACAUCGCCGCAGAGGUCCGCGCGCGCGUGCUGAAGGAUUGCGGGUUCACUGUCAGCGCCGGCGUGUGCGUCAACAAGCUGCUAUCCAAGUUUGCGUCGGCCCAAAACAAGCCUAACAAGCAGACCAUCGUGCCCGUGUCGGCCAUCACCGCUCUCAUGCAGGACGUGCCGCUGCGCAAGUUGCGCGGGCUCGGCGGCAAGCUCGGCAAGGAGGUCGAGGCCCUUGGCGUAGCGACGGCCGGUGAGGCAGCGGCGCUGUCGAUGGAGACGUUGGAAAAGGCGCUUGGCGGCCGAAAAAUGGCCGCGUUUGUGUAUAAUUCGGUGAGAGGUAAGGAUGAUUCCGAGGUCAUUGAGAGGGAUAAGACUAAGAGCUUGCUGGCGGCGAAGAGCUUUGCAAGCCAGCAUUCUCUGGCCCCGGUUGAGAAGCAUUGGCUCCCCAUUUUGGCAGAGGAACUGGCGGAAAGACUGCUUGAGGACUUGGAGCUGUAUAACCGCGACGCUAAGAAUCUCGUAAUUAGCUUUCGACUGAAGGCUGCCGAUGACGUGUCGGGGAUGAUCACUGCGUCACGAUCCACCCCAAUGCCGGCGGCGGCUGUGGAGGCAAGAGCCAGCGCUAUUUUGUCCAGCGCGGUUAAGGUGCUGAGAAGGGCAGUACAGGAAGAGCAAUUCACGUUUCCGAUUACGUUUAUUGGGUUGACGGCGACGAAUUUUGUGGACAGAGCGCAUGUCAACGAGAGUAUAGAACGACACUUGCAGGCUUCAGGGCAAGAGGCCAAUAACAUGCAUGCCACGAGCGGGUUGGGCAAGAAGCUCAUGCUUGACGGGAAGGAAGCGCAUAAGCGCCGCUUGCAAGAGAAGGCCGAUAGAGAUCUGGCCCUUCGUUUGCAUCGAGAGGAAAGUCUCUGCGGGAUUGCGAAAGAGAGGCGAAGAAAAUUGGGUCAAAAGAGCGGCGGAGCCGGCAGUUCAAAGAAAGCGAGAAAAGGCGAGAAGUCGCCAGCCUCAACCAUGGACAAAUUUUUAGUUCGAAAGAAAGACAAACACCGAAGCGGUAGCGCGUAG